GGUGAGAGUUAUGAUUGAUGAUAAGGUGAGAGUUAUGAUUGAUGAUAAGGUGAGAGUUAUGAUGAAUGAUAAGGUGAGAGUUAUGAUGGAUGAUAAGGUGAGAGUUAUGAUGGAUGAUAAGGUGAGAGUUAUGAUAGAUGAUAAGGUGAGAGUUAUGAUGGAUGAUAAGGUGAGAGUUAUGAUGGAUGAUGAGGUGAGAGUUAUGAUGGAUGAUAAGGUGAGAGUUAUGAUGGAUGAUAAGGUGAGACUUAUGAUGGAUGAUAAGGUGAGAGUUAUGAUGGAUGAUAAGGUGAGAAUUAUGAUGGAUGAUAAG